GCUGAGCGCGGCGCCGUGACUGCGGGGUGAACUCGGCCGUGCCCAGCGGCUCGGCGGCGAUAGGGGAGCGGGCUCCUGACGAAAGCGGAACUCGGCCGGGCCCAUACAAAUCAGAAAAGAGCCCGGCCGCCGCGGCAGAGGGGAGCGGAGACCCGCGGGGGCAGGGACGCCGCCGCCGCCGCGCUGCACGGACCAGCGGCGCCGCGAGAGGCGCCUCCCGAUCUCCGGCCGGGUCCCGGCUUCGACUUCGGCUUCGGCUUCGGCCCCGUCGCGGCGAGCGCGGAGCGGGACGGCCGCCGGCAGCGGGCUCCGUGCAGCGGGCAGCGCUCCGCACCGCUGGGCGCCCCGGGCGGCGGGCGCGGGGCACCAUGAUGAGCAACUACCCGGACGGCGAGGAGGACACGGUGGCGCUGCUGGCUCAUGACACCGGCGGCAGCAAGGAGCCGGAUCGGAGCAAGGAGGAGCUGAGCGCGGACAAGGGCCCCGAGAAGCCGGACCCCUCGCAGAAGCCCCCCUAUUCCUACGUGGCCCUGAUCGCGAUGGCCAUUCGGGAGAGUGCGGAGAAGAGGCUUACGCUGUCUGGGAUCUACCAGUACAUCAUCAGCAAGUUCCCUUUCUACGAGAAGAACAAGAAAGGCUGGCAGAACAGCAUCCGCCACAACCUCAGCCUCAACGAGUGCUUCAUCAAGGUGCCCCGGGAGGGCGGCGGCGAGCGCAAGGGCAACUACUGGACCCUGGACCCCGCCUGCGAGGACAUGUUCGAGAAGGGCAACUACCGCAGAAGACGAAGGAUGAAACGGCCUUUCCGGCCGCCUCCGACCCACUUCCAGCCGGGCAAGACCCUCUUCGGCCCCGACAGCUACGGCUACCUGUCCCCGCCCAAGUACUUGCAGUCCACCUUCAUGAACAACUCGUGGCCGCUGGCGCAGCCCCCCGCGCCCAUGCCCUACACGUCCUGCCAGAUGUCUGGUGGGAACGUCAGCCCCGUCAAUGUGAAAGGACUCUCGGGCCCGGCGUCCUACAGCCCCUACUCGCGGGUGCAGAGCAUGGCGCUGCCCAGCAUGGUGAACUCCUACAACGGCGUGGGCCACCACCACCACCACCACCCGCACGCCCACCACCCCCAGCAGCUGAGCCCGGCCAGCCCCGCGCCGCCCUCGGCCCCGGCGGCAAACGGAGCCGGCCUCCAGUUUGCCUGUGCCCGCCAGCCCGCCGAGCUGUCCAUGAUGCACUGUUCUUACUGGGAGCACGACAGCAAACACAGCGCCCUGCACUCCCGCAUAGACAUCUAGGGAGGCUCCGGCCAGCGCCGUCACGGCAAUGCACCGGCCCCGCUGCUACCCCGCCGCGUUCCCCCGCGCUCCGCGUCUCUCCUCCUCGUCUCUAGUCACGGACUUCCCUCUCUCUGUGCCCAAACUCUCGCGGUGGGGAAAUAGCGGCUUUGCCCCGCGCGUAGUGUCAGUGUAGGAGCGUCCCUCCAUGAGAAGAAAGCAGCGUAAGUGUGGGGGUUCCCCGCGGGGCCGCGCCGGGCAGCGGCGGCCGGGCCGCCUCUCCGGGCGAGCGGGGAUUCACCGGGAGUUUCUCUGCUCUGUGUGUGUGUGUGUGAGAGUUGUUGGGUUCGGUGGGGUUUUUUUGGUUUGGGUUUGUAUGGUUUGGUUUUGUUUUGUUGGUUUAGUUUAGUUUAGUUUUGUUUUGUUUUUUUAUGGGGUGGGGGGACGGGGGGAGCAUCUAAUUAAAAAUUGGUUGUUCAGCCCUCAAAAUUAUUUUGUAAUUCGGCCGUAAUCUUUUCGGGCUCAGUCAUGGGGAGAGUAAAACGGAGUUUGUAAAUAGCGGAGGCAUUUUCACGCGUGCGGUGCGGGGCUGGCGGGGCCUAGACACUAUCGUGUGCCCGCGGUGCUCGUCCUCUUCUUCAUCCCCUCUGUCUUCUUCCUCGCUCUGCAAAGCACUGCGCUUCUUCCGAGCUGUGGCUUUUUCGUUAAAAUAGUACUUAAAGUGGGGACUGCUGUAACAGCAGAUGUGCGAUAUUGCUGGUUAAUAGAAACCAACAAACAAAACGCGCCAGGGUCACUCGUGAAACGUUUCGGCAGCGGUAAAUAUAUUUUUUAAAGGAGACAAUGUCCUCUGAGGUCUUAAAAGUAAUUUUAUACAGGUCUAAAAAAUAUUUUGAUGUUAUUAAAAAAAAAAAGAGACGCUUUCCUGUAAAUUGGGAUAUUUUUUCCGUGUGCAUAUUAUUAUUAAUAAUGAAAGUUUAAACUAUCUUCAGGUUUUUUGCCCCCAAACCUGGCCCAAAAUGGAUUUCCCGGUAGGUUCUGCUUUUGAAUGCUUACUCUUUUUCUUAAAAGGUUUUGAUCCUUCAAUUUUACAUAGAUUAAUGUGGAAAAAAAUAGCGAUUUUAAAACAGGGGCCAGUUCAUAGCGAUUUUGUAAAUGUUUGUGUAAACCGAUAGAUGCUGUGGCAUAGUACCAUUUUGGGACCAACUUUUCUAGAAUGAACUAGCACUUUCAUUGUACUUUCUAGCAUUGUAAAGUCUCCAAUAAAAUGCCUUUCCUUCUUUCCAUAUCGUUUUAUUUCACUCGCUCCU